UUGCAUUGCAAGCAUAUGAGUGCAUCAGUAGACGGCAGAGUUUGUUGUUAUUUUGCCUGCAUCACAAGUGCAUUGCCAUUGUCUUCGACAGUGAACGAAGAAAAAAGAACAGUUAACUUAAUUUGUGGUGAAAAUUUUCAUUUUUCGCUUGUUUCACUGGCUCAAUUCUAUAAAAUAGUCACUUAAAAAGUUUUUUUUGUCGCAACCGCAAUUGAAUAUCAGAAAAAUAGUUUAUUCAUCCGUUUUCAAAACCGGUGAAGGAGCAUGAUAAGCGAUUACUCCCUCACGUCCUCCGAUUGUGAUGAUACGAGCAGUUACGCCGAUACGACCGAGGACGACGAGGAGGAAGUUUUCUUCCAGCUGUCCGGUGGUGACCACCAGGAUGGCACCGAAAAGCAAAAACUGGUCACCAUCAAACAGUACGCCCAGAAUGUAGUCGAUUUCAGUUCGCAGUACGGAAGCGACACUAGCAUUUCCUACACGGCCUACAACGUAACUGGGAAGCCAUCGAAGUACCCGGAUUAUGGCGACUUUCCAGAGACGUUCGCUUUCCGCACCUACGGUCCCUGGUGGAAACGAGCACCAUCCGCCGGGCGCGAAAUUAACUCACAGAGCAAUACCGAGUAUGUUCCUCCGACUGAUGAUUUUAUCCUGGCACAGUUUGAAGAACUGGUGUAUCCAGAGUCUAUCACAGUAUUCGAAACUUACAACCCAGGUGGCAUCGUUCGUAUCUGGGCAUACACUCAAGCGGAGGAAUGGGUUCUUCUGUGGGACGUAAGCGAAGUUGAAGCGGAUUUUCUACAACCCAUUGAAUGCAAUAAAGCUCGACAGUUCUGUCCUCGUUUGAAAUCUUGCCCAAACCUUACACGUUACAUUCGGCUGGAGUUUCAUACAACCCGCCUCGAGUAUUUUACACAAAUAGAUGCUAUUCUGCUGGUAGGACAGAAAACUGUAUUAAACAAAGGUGACAAUUUCAAGAAUCUGAAAACGGAAAAGCUCCAUCCGACGGUGGAUGAAUUCGCAGAAGAGGAACUGCGAAGCUCAGAGAGUGAUAGUCUUUCCAGUAGUCGCAGUGCGACUCCGACUGACGAUACCAGAUUUACUCUGGAUCAAAUGCCAUAUGAGAUUCUUUUUAAAAUCCUAUCUUUUCUGGAUUUAAGAUCAUUGUUUAGAUGCGGAAGCGUCUGUCGGACGUUCCACCAGAUUGUGGCUUGUGAUUCGUUGCUGUACACCGAGGUUAGUCUGAAACCGUACUGGAAUCGAGCCUCGUCAUCCACUCUGCGCUCGCUAAAGAAGAGAUGUGCCUAUACGAAGAAGUUGGAUCUGUCCUGGUGCGGAAUGUUCAACGCUAUUACUCCCAGUGAAUUUAAAUACUUUUUAGCGACCUGCGGUGGAGGUCUCACCCACUUACGUUUGGAUUCCUGCAAGUUCAUCAGCAACGAGAAAUGUCUGGAAGCAAUCGGGGAGCAUUGUUUCGAAAAUCUUCGGGAACUUACACUUCAAAACUACACCCCACAGAACGACGAUUUCUCCGGCUUGGCUCACUUCCGGAAUCUCGAGCGGCUCGACUUAAGCCGCUCAACCAUUGAUACGUUUUCCUUGGUCAGAGUUCUUGCCCGGAACGAACACCUGCGCCAUCUUAAUUUAGCAUUCUGUUCGUUGGACGUCAGCAUGGAUGAUGUAGCGCAGCAUAUCUCCAAGUACAACCGUCGACUGAUCUCGUUGGAUAUGUGGAAGUCACAUUCACUGACAUCGGUUGGACUGGCGGCGCUCGCCAAGUGCACUGAUUUGGAGGAGGCAGAUUUUGGCUGGUGUCUCCGGGAAGAACCCACACCCGGUGAAUCGUUACGUGCACUGGUGAAAAGUUGUCCCCGGUUAAGGAAAUUGUACCUGGCCGCGAUUCGGGGCUUUACGGAUCGCGAUCUGGAUGCGAUUGCUACCCAUUGUGUCAAUCUGGAACAGUUGGACUUGCUCGGUUGUAUGGGCAUAUCGUGGGAGAUGUGCUGUAGGCUAUUGAAUCGCUGCAAGAAGUUGCAACUGUUGGAUCUAAGCUUCUGUGAUAAUCUGGACGAGCUGAAGAUUGCGCUGAUGCGAGACUGCUUCGAUGUAGCCAUCAAGCGGAGCCUGGUGGACUUUGGACCGCGGCGGGGUGAGUUUUGAAGGGAUGGGCGUUGCCCGUGGUUGUGAUUUUACUCGAUAUCAUUCCAAGCCAGUACAGGAUACCGAUAUUUUAUUACAUGAUUAACUCAAUAUUUACAUUUCGCUCCGGGGGGAGAGCCACGUUUACUAAAAUACAUUUGAGAUUACCCCUGUUUGUAUUGAUAGGA